UUUAUUUUCAAGAUAUAACACUCAAAAUAUCACACCACGACGUCUCGACAUAUUAAAGUCAUGUCGAGUUGUCAGAGGGUCGCGAGACCCCUCAUACAGUCUCUCCGACAAGAGAGACUAUUUAUACAAACUACAACACAAUUUUCACGGUCUUUUUCGAGGAGUGCACCGCGGCAAGAUGAGGGUCCUACGUCUACACCACCACCUCCUCCACCGACAUCGUCGACGACUUCGAUAAACCAACUAGAGGCCGCUGCAAAAGCCAAUGCCGAUGCAAAGGAGAAGGAAGCCGAGAAGAUCCGCAUGCAGGAACGAUUGAUGGAUCGAGAGACUACAACAGCGCAUUGGGCCGAGCGAAAGCUUCUCCGUAUGGGUACGCCGCCCGUCGGAUCGCGACGUCGUCGAGCCGCUCUACGUACCUCCGAGAAUGUUCCUUUCGAACAGUUACCCUACCAGUGUUUCCAGGAGGCGCGCAAGAUUCUGCAGGAGGACCGAAAGCAAAAGCUCGAGGCCAUUGCGAAGGAAGUAGCCAAGAUUAAGAAGCUGGAAGAGACACCUGCAGAUCAGGUUCCCGGCGGCGAGCAUAAGAAAAAUAUGCGAUUGACGAGUUUGAGGAAUUAUUUGGAGAAAUUGAAGAUUUUGGCGGAUGCCAAUGAUCCUAUGGUGAAGAGAAAAUUCGAAGAUGGUCAAGGUACGUUUUGCAAUUUUUUUUUAUUCAUACGCAGCAAUUGAAGCCUACAUGGCUGCAUGGUUGUGGUGCAUUUUUUGGUUAUCGAUUUUGCUUCAUUCUAUGGGGCGAAGGAUAUUUUUGGGGUCGGGAAAAUCCCGAGCGUGGAGUGGAAGUGAAGUGCAGAUGGGAAUAUAAGCAAGAAUAAUUGUUCUGUCUUUCACAUACGACCAUAGGAUCUGGAAAACUCGGGAUCCCGUCCGCUCUCCCAUAGAUAAGCCAG